CGACGAAGCAAACGAUGAAGGGCUUAUCAUCUGGUCCAUAAACCCUAAUUUCUAUUUAUUUUGUUGUUUUUUUCUUCUCUCACCCAGAUCCUUAAAACGUUCAUCGAUCUUCACCAGACAUUUAGUAAGAGCGAAUAAAUUUCCCUAUCAUUUUCUCGGAUCCGAUCAGACAGAUCGCCGGAAUCGUUUCAAACUCCGGUGGUUCUGUUUUCGGUAACUGCAUUGCGUUGUCAUCAAAUGUAUUCUCUGAUACUCCACGGAAGAAGCUUGAUCCAAUUUCCGAAACGGCGUAGCUUUACUCUUUCAGUAACCCUUUUCCAAAACGCAUCCACUUCCUUCUCCACCUCCUCAACUCCCCUCGCUGACGUGAGCCCUAGAGAUGCUCGAAAAGGCAAGAACUUCACUGUAUCUUACCUCGUCCGUUCACUUGGUUUAUCCACAAAACUCGCCGAUUCGAUCUCGAGAAGAGUCAGCUUCGAUGACAAGACCAACCCCGAUUCCGUUCUCAGUCUUUUCAGGAGCUACGGGUUCACAGACUCUCAGAUCUCCACCAUCAUCACGGACCACCCGCGAUUGCUUUUACUAGACGCUGAGAAACUACUAGCUCCCAAGCUUAACUCCCUGCAGUCUCGAGGAAGAGGAGCUGAUGAGCUCACUGAGAUCGUUUCGAAAGUUCCGAGAAUCUUGGAUAAGAGAGAAGGCAGAUCCAUCAACCUGUACUACGACGUCGUCAAAGAGAUCGUUGAAGCGGAUAAGAUUCCCAGAGAGUCAUGUAGUAGUAGUAGGCGGGGGAACAAAAUGAGAAACGUUUUGGUUUUGAGAGAUUUAGGCAUGCCUCAGAAGCUCUUCUUGCCCUUGCUUAUCUCCCUCGCCGAACCCAUCUGCGGGAAAGAAAGAUUCGAAGUGUCUCUCAAGAAGGUCAUUGACAUGGGCUUCGAUCCCACAACCUCGAAGUUCGUCACUGCUCUGCGUAUGCUUUACCAGAUGAGCGACAAGACGGUCGAAGAGAAAGUUAAUCUCUAUAAAACGUUGGGGUUUGCUGUCGGAGACGUAUGGGAGAUGUUCAAGAAGUAUCCGUUCUCUCUGGCUUACUCUGAGAAGAAGAUAACGAGGACGUUUGAGACGUUUCUAGGGUUAGGAGUGACUAGAGAGGAGUUCGCGGGGAUGAUCAUGAGCAGUCCUCAGUGCAUUGGGUUUUCCGCGGAGGCGUUGAGGAGGAAGACUGAGUUUCUGGUGGAGAAGAUGAAUUGGCCGCUUAAGGCUCUUGUUUCGCGGCCUCAGGUGUAUAACUACAGCAUGGAGAAAAUGAUUGUGCCGAGGAGUAACGUGAUCGGAGCUCUCAUGUCCAGAGGGUUGCUCGGAGAUGGAGUAAGUGAACAACCCCCUCCGCUGCCGUCGGUUUUUGCGUGUGCAGAGCAGGCGUUUUUAAACAGGUAUGUGCUCAAGGUGGAUGACGAGGAGCUUGUGGCUGAGCUGAUGGCUAUCUUCAAUGCAGACUCUGCUUCAUAGAUAUUGAUGUUGACAAUGGUACGCCAAGACUAUUGGUGAGGGUAGUAAACAGGAGAAUGCAGUCAGAACUCAGAAAUAUGUGAAUAAGGCGUGCUCAGAAACAUUUCUAGGCCUAGGAUUCAGCAGGGAUGAGCUUGUGAUGUUGGUCAAGUGCCGCCAUCCUCAGUGUCUUAAUCAUUUUGCAGUGUCGGUGGAAGAAGAUUGACUUUAUGGUGAAGAAGAUGAAUUACCACCAAUACGGUCUGUUUUGUUGAAUACUGAUGAGCUGCUCUUAAAAAGGUAUGUGAAGAAGCAUGAUGACAAGGAGCUUGAUGACUUAGCUGAUGGUGAAUAUCUCCACUGCAGAUAUUUGCUUCAUAGAUCAGAAGGCUUGGUAAGGACCUUUAUUUGUUUAUGUUAAUUUUAUAUUUGUUGCUGAAUCUUUUGCCGUUGAAGAAGAACUUUAAUAUAUAACUGCUUGAUCCCAAA